AUGGCGCCGGCAGAAGGGUUCUCGGCGCCGGGCGUCGCUACCUACGACUCCAACACCAUGACGGUCGGCGACGGAACCUGGGAUUUCGAGAAGAACACUUUUCUGUUGCCCAACCUUCAAGGUCUCAAUUUUGAGACGAUGCAAUACAAUGGCAUGGGGAAUCGCUUCUCGACGGUCGCUCAAUACCACACUCUCAUUCUCGCUCAUGGCGUCAUGGGCGCCAUAGUCUUCCUUUUCAUCGUUCCGAUAUCCAUCCUGAUGGCUCGAUUCUAUACCGCGAAACCCGGCUACGCCAUACCCUAUCAUGCGCAACUACAGAUCCUCGGAGCGCUGAUGCUCGUCGCCGUCUUUACCCUGGGCUGGUUCGCCGUCGGCCCUGAACGAAGUUGGACCAACCCACAUCACGCGAUCGGCUUGGCUAUCUUCAUCAUGUUCCUCCUCCAGAUCAUCGGCGGCCGGCUUGUUAGGAACAUCAAGGGACGCUCGCUCAGGAAGAUGUUUCAUCGAUGGAGCGGACGGCUCAUCGCUCUUCUCGGUAUCAUCCAGGUUCCUCUCGGAUUGACACUCUACGGCUCGCCCAAGUACACCUUUAUCCUCUACUCUCUCUGGAUGACCUUUUUGCUCUUGCUCUACUUCAUCCUCAGUUACCGAGCUGAGGGCGAUGACCGUGGCCGGGAGACUUACAUCAGUGGAGGUCGCUCUGAAGGACCGAGCGGCGUCUCAUACGACUCCGAGUACUACAGCGAUGUCCGCACGGAGAAGUCCAAGGGUCACAAGUGGGUGGCGCCUCUGGCAGCCGGCGCCACCAUUGCCGCGUUGUUCAGUCGCAAGAAGAACAAGGAGAGGGAGAAGGAACUCAGCCGGGAUAGAUCACGAUCAAGGAGCCGCAGCCGCGGACCAGAGGUCAUCGGCUCCAGACGGGAAUCAGUGAGCUAUCUUCCUUCGCGCAGAGGUUCCGCUAGCUACUUUGAGGACGAGAAGUACACCGAAGUUGAUUCACGCCGCGAUGAUAAGAAGAAAGGGGGCGGCUUCAUGCAGUCCCUCUUUGGUGUUGGUGCUGGCCUCGGCGCUGGUAAGUUGCUAUCCAACAUGAUGAAGAAGAAGGAGAAGAAUCGACCCCACGACGAGGAAUACUCCGCUGUCUCGACCGAAACCCCAAGACGUCGCCCCAGCAGAAACUACCCGGCCGCGAGCGAGUUCACCGACUACACCGACUGGACCGAAGAUACCCCUCCGCCCCGGCGCGGGCCCCGCGAUGGGUCCAUCCUCCCUCCACCCGGAAACCCGGUAAUGGCCGCCCAGGCUCUGAGCGCCGCCGAAUCACGCACCAACCGACCUCAAAACGCCAGAACUCGAUCCCAGUACAGUUUCGAAGACUCCGAGUACUCGUCCUACGUCAGCCCCUCCAGACGACCGGAAGCCGCACCCGCCGGCCCCGCAGGUGGGGCCGGGAAGGGUAUUCUCGCCGGACUGGGCCUGGGAUGGUUCGCGAAAAAGCUGGCCGACCGCAAGAACAAACGCGCUGAGGAGCAGAGGAUCAGGGAGGAAGAAGACAUGAGAUCGGGCGUCACGGAUUCCAGAUACACAGGCGACGGCUUCUCAUCCCCGUCUCGCGACAGACGCUCUCGCCGCGCCAGCGGCCGCCCGCCUAGACCUCCCAUGUCCGCCCUGAGCACAGAGAUUACCGAGCUGACCGAGUCCUCCGAACUCGAGUCGCGACCUCCCGGAACAGGCUACGGAAGAGGACCACCCAUGCCGCCCUUCUCCGCCGGCCCACCUCCGAGAACACCCCCGGGAGCCGGCUACCCCGACUCCGUCAGCAUGCCAUCGAUGCCCCCAGACCCGCACGGCAUCCUCAACCGCGGUUCCGAGUCAGACGUGUACGGCUCACCCAGCAGCCGUCCCCGCCGCCGCGACUCUUCCAGCCGCAGGAGGGCCGGCGAAGAAGCCGCAGCCGCAGCCGUCGCAUCAGCCAGCGUCCUCGCGGCCAAGGAAGAGUCCCGUCGCCGCACGGAAUCAGAGCGCAUGGGCGCCUCCCCCUCGGCCCCCGUGAGCGUCAAAGUCAGAGUCCACGACGAUAAGGACAGGAACGUCACCCUGCGGAGACUAACCGAGGAGGAAGCCGCCGCCUCGAGGCGCGACCACAGGAGAAGACGCGGGUCGAUGAGCAGUCUAUCCGGGACGGACGCGGGCGGCAGCGGACGCCGAUACCGCCGCGACUCGAGCCAGAGACGGGCGGAAGCGGCAGCCGAGCGCAUGGCCGAGGCGGGCGACACCCUCUCGCCGCCGAACCCGGCCUUCGCCGCCGGCCGCAAACCCAAGGACUCGGCGUACUACUCGGGCCCCGCCGGAAACCAGCCGGCCGCGAGCGCCACCGUCUCUAGCAUCGGCAGCGAGCACACCCACGGCACCUGGUCCCAGCUGAGCCCGUCCCCCGCGGCCCCCGCCGGACCGAACCCCACGGGAUCGGCGGCCGCGGACAACCGGCGCAGGAGGAGGCAGGAGCGCAGACGGAGCAGCGCGAGCCAGCGCCCGACGGGCAUAGACAUGUACGACUAG